AUGAUUAAGGGUCUAUUUUGGAAUAUUCGGGGCAUCUCUAAAGCUCCAAAAUUGAGAAGGAUUAAACAGUUAAUUAAAGUGCAUAAUCUUCAAUUUUUGGCCCUUUGUGAGCCUUGGUUGAAGGUCGACAAGGCUGAACGGUAUAGGUACAAAUUAAAUUUUCAUGGCUUGGUGCAUAAUAAGGAGGGUUUGGUGUGGUUUUUCUUUAAAGAACCUUUCUCAGGUUUGAUUGUUGGAGAGAGUUCCCAGCAUGUGUCUGUACGGUUGUCCCACGAGCACUUAUCGGGGUCUCAACUGGUUGUAUCCUUUGUGCAUGCGCGGUGCACGUCUGAGGAGAGAUGUGAACUCUGGGAUGGUUUAUUGCGGGAUAACCCAGGUUCUGCAGCAUGGGUUGUUGGGGGGGAUUUUAAUGUAAUUCUAGAGGCUGCGGAGAAGAAAGGGGGUCGGGCUUUUGCCCCUUUUGAAGCUAUGGAGUUCAAGGAUUUUAUCACUGAGGCUAAUCUCACAGAUAUUGGUUUUUCUGGCGCUCGCUUUACUUGA